AUGUUAUCAUCUUUAGAAGAUUCAUUUUGGAUUGAAAAGAAAUAUUAUAAAAUCUAUUUUAUAACACAUAAUUAUACUGAUGAUGAUAAUAUUAUUCUUUACUAUUAUCCUAUUGAUGUCAGAUUUAAUAGAACUAGUUAUUCAAAAAAACAGAAUAACAAUCUACAACUUUGGACUAUUCCUCAACAUUCGAUUGAAGAAAAUAAUUCUCAAAUAGAUUAUAUUGAUAAUUUAUAUCAUUCGGGUAAAUCUUCUUUAUUAACGACAGAACAUUAUUUUACUCAUGUAAAACAUCUCGAAGUAGAUCAUCUUAAUUUUUCUUCACUCGAAUCAGAGUUGGAACCGGACCGGCAGACCGGCCGGCCCGAUACUUUAUCAACAAAAAACAAAACUGAUGAUAAUCAAUCGAAUAUUCAAUUGAAAAUUACAACAUAUGAUUUGUUUGAUAAUAAUCAAUUGCAAUCAUCGAUUGAUAAUAAUUAUUUAAGUAAUACUUUACCAUUUGUUAAUCAAUUAUCAAAUCAUUACAUCUCAUCAUCCAAUCAUGCAUUAAAGAAUGAUAAUCUGUUACUAUGUAAUGAAGUUUUAAUAGAUAGAAAUCAAUUUGGUGAUGAUAAUAUUUCACUAAAUCAUGAUUAUUUACAAAUUAAUUGCAUUUUACCUGAAAUAGAAUAA